AUGUCAACACAACAUCACUUUCCACAUCAACACAUUGUUGCAAUGACAUCUUCUCGGCAAUACUCUCAAAGACACAAACCACUUCUUAUCUUCUCCCUCAUCUGUCUUAUCCUAUACGCAACAAGCCUUCAACCCCAUCAUCUCAUCUCGGCACAACUUGCACGCUGUUCACCACUGAUAAAAAAUGGCGCCAACGCUGAGGAUGCAUUCUUCAGCUAUUCUUAUGCGAGUAGUGAUUUUAAUUUGACUUCAUCUUCUGCGUCAUCAGUUUCGAGUGCUGGAGAGUUUACUCACUAUGUGGAUACGCAAACGUAUGUGAGUGGAGUUUCAUCCAAGUGGAGACAAUUUGAUGGAAAUAUGUUUUAUGUUCUUGGUGUGGUGAAUGUAGAUGGAACAGUGGUAAAUUCGGGAGGUGAAACUCUUCAAGAGGUGUUGAGUAGGAAGAAAUCUGAUGAGAGUGUUUCAUUGUUGGAUGUUGUUCCUUUUAUUAGAAAAUCAACAUUUGCUAUUAGCAGGAAUACUGGUGACUAUUCCAUUAGUAUGUACAAGAUGUAUUUUGGACAAGGAAAUGAAGCUAGGGAUAAUUUGACAUCUGUGACUACUAGUAGCUCAUCAUUUGCUGGAUUGAAUGGUUAUGACGCAAGUGGUAAUUUAAUGACCAUGAUGAAUGUGAAAAGUUUCAAUGCAACUUCUUCAGUUUCUUUGGACCUUGAGUUUGGAUACUAUUCAUCUAAAUUGGAAACUGUGUUUAUUUUCACUUUGGGAGCCAGAGCUUACAAUUCUUCUGGUUUCUCCUUGUACAAUAGUAAUUACAAUAUUAGAUUGGAUGGCUCAGCUAUUGAGAGUAUUCGAAAGUCAUCAAGCGAGCAGCUAGUUCUCUCUUUCUAUGUGAGUGAUGCCAGCUAUACAGGUUUAUUUUCUUCUCUUGAGUAUACUACAAAGGCACAGAUCUACCCAUUUCCCACCACAGUUAGUGGCUUUAGUUAUCAAUUUGUGAAAUUUAACAUUUCUGAUACUUCCAAAGUCACAUGUUCAAACUAUCCUAGAAGUGUUCUGUAUUCUUCCUUCUUGAACACUACACUUGCUAUUGAUUGGAUCCUAUUCGGAUUGGUAGUCCUAUUGACUCCUCUCUUUUUAAUUUUCAGAAACGAACAACCACUCAAGAGUCGUUUAAUUGUUCCCUACCUAGGUAUUGUCUUUUUACUGAUUUUAUUUAUUGGAGUUCAAUAUUCGAUAGAUAGUACUAGGCCAUCAGAAAUUAAGAGCAUCAUCAGUGUUUCAUUCUUUAUAAUGUCUUUGUUUGCAUUUAUUUUCCAAGCUUUUCGUUAUUAUUAUUUAAGAUAUCUCUAUUCUAAGACUGACAUUAGUGUGAAACAAUCCAGAAUUAAGAAAUUCCUUUCCUCCAAGACUGUUUUUGUAAUAGCACUAGUUGUUUCAAUGGUUUUAGGUAUCAUUUAUCUUGUUGUAGUCUUAUCAGUUGCCUUGACCUCAACUAGUGUAAGCACGAAUGGAGUAAAGGAAGAUGUAGAAGUGGAAUAUUAUACAAGAAUAGCAAUCCCUGCCUUUACAGUUCUUAUUUUAAUUUCUUGCCUCCUUAUUGAUAUUUUGCUUAAUAUCAAAUCAUUCUUUGGUAAUAUUGGAAGAUUCCUCUUCUUUGAGGAUCCUCUAUUUUUCAGAUCUGAACUUUUGCUUGUCAUUCCAACAUGUAUCUUUUACGUGAUAGAGUUUGUACUCAAUUCUGAAACUCGUCCAUAUAUUGAUGGAUCGCUCACAACUUUCCUCAUUCCAAAGAACAUUCAUGAAAUUAGAACAAUGAUUGGAUUUUUUGGAAUUUUCCGUUUCCUCAAUCUAUUCUGCUUUGUUCUCUUUUUUGGUGAGGCUCUCGUGCUAGCUGUUACCAUUACACGAGUCAUUAGGAGAAAUUACAAGCGAGGCAAAAAGGGAUUAUCUCUUUUACAACCACACAAUAGUCCUCUAGGAAUGUUCAGAUCUAAAUCAAGUUCUGAAGAUGAUAUAAUUGAGAACUUUGUAUCAAAGGAUGAUGGACACAAGCUUUUAGAAGAAUUUUCCAGAAAUGAGUUUUCAAUUGAGAAUAUUUUACUCUAUGAUAUUUUACACCAGUUCCCUAAUGAGAAGAAUGAUGAAAACAGAAGGAAAAUUCUCUUGGAUAUUUAUCUGAAAUUCAUCAUGUCAAACUCUGAGUUUGAAAUUAAUCUUUCAUCUUCAACUCGUAAGGAAUAUUCCCAACUUAUUGAAGAUUUACAGGAUAACAAACCACUGCAACCAGAUGAACUGAUUCAAACCCUCAAGAUUGAGGUUAUUCAAAACAUGGCAGAUACAUUCAGUCGUCUGGAAAUGUCUCCAGAAUACAGUUCACUUCUUUCUAAAUGGGAAACUGAAAAGGCAACAGCCCUUAAAAUAUAG